GUGGUGGUUAUGGUUAUGGUCUUGGUGGUGGUUAUGGUCUUGGUGGUGGUUAUGGUUCAUCAUCAUGGGAAUCAUCAGGCUACUCAUCAGGUGGUCUUAGUGGUUGGGAAGGCGGCCUCAUUGGUGGUGGUGUUAGUGGAACUGAUGCUGCCUUCCUUAAUGCUGAUACCAAUUUUAAUGGCACCCUUGAUCGAGGUGAAUUUCAUCAAUUGCUUGCUCAAAAUCUUUAA